AGAGAGACGAUCAUUGCCAUAAACAAGCCAAGAUCAUCUGUUGGUGAAAAAUAUUAAAUUAACAAUUAGAAAAAGAAAAUUGAUCCACAUACAUAGCCCAUCUUUUUAAUAAAUAGAUCAACAUAUCUUCGUAUCUUCACGUUUAAAUCAUUUCGGGAAAAAAUGGCCCAAUCAAUACGUUGGAUUCUUCGUUCACAACCAUUAUCACAAUCAUCAUUAGGAUCGCAAUCACUGAUGGCCAGAUUUUGGUUACCAAUAAAACCGAAUUGUCAACAACAAUCGCUGAUAGCACCUGUAUCAUCAACAAACAUUUAUCGUUACUUUCAAACGUAUUCACUACCAAUAAUGUCAACGUGGUCACCAUAUAAUAGCCAUAAUAAACAAUUGAAUAAACAUAUGGAUCAAACGAAACAAAUGAUUAUCAUGCCUAAACGUAAUGUUCAUAAACCACCAUUGACCGUGGAUUUUAUUCGUGAACGUAUAAUGUUGGUAUUAAGGUUGUAUGAUAAAAUCGAUCCGGAUAAAUUGACAAUUGAUUCACAUUUCUAUAAAGAUCUUGGACUUGAUUCAUUGGAUCAUGUAGAGAUUAUAAUGGCAAUUGAAGAUGAAUUUCAUUUUGAAAUACCGGAUGCUGAUGCUGAAAAACUCAAUACACCACGUGAUAUGUUGAAUUAUAUACAGAUUAAGGAGGAAGUUUAUUCCGAACUUGAACAUCAUGAUGAUCAUCAUACUGAAGGCCAUCAUUGAUUUUUUUCCAAUGCAACCAAUGAAAAUUAGGCAAUCAUU